AUGGUUGUGCCAAAAAGGGCCGUGGCAUACAUAAUUUGCUGCACGAGCUGCAUGCCCAAUGACAAGGCCAUUAAGAAGUUUAUCAUUUGGAACAUUAUAGAGGCAACUGCCACCAGGGACAUAUUCGAAGCACGUGUCUUCAAUGCUUAUGUGCUCCCCAAACUCUAUGUCAAGCUGCAUUACUAUGUGAGCUGUGCUAUUCAAAGCAAGGUAGUCAGGAAUCGAUCUUGUGAAGCUCGGAAGGACCGAAUUUAG